ACGGUGAUAACAAAACUUAGUAGACUACUACAUGGUAUUUCGUAGUUGGCUGUACUUUCGUGAAUUUGGUAGUAUGAAGGGAAUUUUCCCUCUCUACACAGUGCAAGAUGGUAUCCUAUAAUUAAGAAUUCCCAUCCCUUCAAUGGUUUCCGUUGCAGAACCAAGGUUUCCAGGUGAAGAGCUAUCAUAAAGUUUUGAAGGGUGGCAUAGAUUUUCCUUGAGAGAAGUAUAUGGAAAGUCAGGAUCAUCACUGUAGCAUAAUUUUUCUAUUAUCAAAAUUCUAUCCCAAUUACCUACUUAAAAGCAGAGGUGGUGGUUCAGUGUUCUUGGUUAAGCUACGUGGCACACUGCCAUUGCUAGGUGAACAAAUGGUCUGGCUGGGCUGGCGGGCCAAAUGAACUCUCACAGUUUCACAACCUGUCACCCCUUAUGCCACCUUUUUUGUCAACCAGAAAGUUUCAAUGGGGGGUUUUCGACGUUUAGUGAGGUGGGGCGGGUACUGGGAAAUGAGUAGAGGAGAGGACCCACAAGCAAAAGAAGAAAGUGUUAGAACUUAGAAUUCAAUACAAAAUCCACAAGGGGCCACAAGAUUCCAUCUUUUUGGUGGGGUUUUAAGGAAGGAAAGAUUGAACGGUUUGAUCAAGUUCCCAGAAACCUCUUCAAAGUUUCCAACUUUUGGCUUUUUUCCCUAUUACCCUUUUAGCCUGUAUUUGUGUAGGAUCCAAGUAGUUUCCAAAACACUUUAUAGGUCACACUAAUCUUUUAUUUAUUUAUUUUUUUCCCUUUGGGAUGAGUAAAGUUUUUCUGUUUUGUCUUCCUUCCUCUUUUAAUGAUUAUGUGAUGACUUUGUUAGCAAAGGGUCAAGUGCUUUUUUGGCAGGGCUAAAGGCAAAUAAGGGCAUGAGGGGGAAUAUCCUAUGGUGUCCAUUAAUUCUUCUUUGGUGACUAUGCAUUCACGGGUAUUGCGUAUCUUAAGUGAUCUGGGAUUCAUCAGAUUCUAAAGCCUCUUUUUUCAGGGAAUAGUUUGGCAACCCAUCAGUGAAUAGCAGUCUGCAUUAUGAAGGAUUUUAAAGGUUCUAGCCAUAGAGGCCAAUAUCAUGGGAACUAUGCAGACGAAAGAAUUUGGGAUGGGGUUCGUAGUUCAGUGGAUGAAUGGACAGUUAUUGAGAAAGAAGAUCUUGAGUGUGCUGCGGCAAUGUCACUUUCCGAACAAGACCAAAAAGGGAAAAACGUGAUUGAUGAUGACUCUCAAUCAGAGGAAGAUGAACAUGUUUCUAAAGCUCAAUUGGUAGAAGAUGAACAACUUGCCAAAGCUCUUCAAGAAAUUUAUCCUUUGGAGGAAGAUGAACAGCUUGCCAAAGCUCUUCAAGAAAGUUAUCCUUUGGAGGAAGACGAACAACUUGUCAUAGAAAAUUAUCCUUUGGAGGAAGAUGAACAACUUGUCAUAGAAAAUUAUCCUUUGGAGGAAGACGAACAACUUGUCAUAGAAAGUUAUCCUUUGGAGGAAGAUGAACAACUUGUCAAUGCUCUUCAUGAAAGUUAUCCUUUGGAGCAAUAUGAACAACUUGCCAAAGCUCUUCAAGAAAGUUAUUCUUUGGAGGAAGACGAACAACUUGUCAUAGAAAGUUAUCCUUUGGAGGAAGAUGAACAACUUGUCAAAGCUCUUCAUGAAAGUUAUACUUUGGAGGAAGAUGAACAACUUGCCAAAGCUCUUCAAGAAAGUUAUCCUUUGGCGGAAGAUGAACAACUUGCCAAGGCUAUUCGAGAAAGUUAUCCUUCGGAGGAAGAUGAACAACUUGCCAAAGCUCUUCACGAAAGUCUCUUGGAGUCUCCUCCCCGAUACGGAAUCUGUGCUGGCUGCAACACUGAGAUUAGCCAUGGGAAAAUUUUGCGCCACAUGGAUGCUAUUUGGCAUGCAGAAUGUUUUCGUUGUCAUGCUUGCAAUCUACCCAUUAAGGAUCGUGAGUUUUCUACGUCAGGCAAGCACCGUUAUCACAAAUCCUGCCGUAAGAAGCCGCGUCCCCCAGUAUGUGAUAUUUGCAAGAAUUUUAUCCCAACAAAUUCAGCAGGUCUUAUUGAGUGUAGGGAACGUCCUUUCUGGAAGCAGCAGUUCUGCCCCUCACAUGAGCAUGACAGAACUCCUCAGUGUUGCAGCUGUGAAAGAAUGGAGACGAGGGACAGGAAAUAUCUAUUACUUGAUGAUGGUCGGAAGCUUUGUCUGGAGUGUCUAGACUCGGCAGUUAUGGAUACUAAUGAAUGCCAGCCUCUUUAUAUUGAAAUACAAAAUUUCUUCGAAGGUUUACAUAUGAAAGUGGAGCAGGAAAUUCCAAUGUUCUUGGUUGAGAGACAAGCACUAAAUGUGGCCAUGGAUGGAGAAAAGAAUGGUCACCAUCACAUGCCUGAGACCAGAGGACUUUGUAUGUCAAAGGAACAGACGGUUACCACUAUCUCUAGGGGGCCAAGGAUGGCGGACAACCAAUUUAUAGACAUGAUAACUGAGCCUCGUAGGUUGAUCCGUAGGUGUGAAGUAACAGCAAUUCUUGUUUUGUAUGGCCUUCCUAGGUUGUUGACUGGGUCAAUCCUGGCUCAUGAGAUGAUGCAUGCGUGGCUCAGGCUUAAAGGUUACCCCAAUCUUAGUCCAAAGGUUGAAGAGGGUAUCUGCCAGGUCUUAGCUCAUAUGUGGAUGGAGUCUGAGAUCCUUUCAGCAUCUGGAAGUGAUGUUGCUUCAUCAUCGUCUUCUUCAUCACCCACUUCUUCCUCGUCAUCAAAAAAGGGUAAACGAUCUGAGUUUGAGAAGAAACUUGGUGAGUUUUUCAAACACCAGAUCGAGACAGAUACAUCAUCAGCUUAUGGAGAUGGAUUUAGGGAAGGAAACGAGGCAGUGCUCAAAUAUGACUUGAAGACUACUCUCAAACAUAUUCAAAUGACAAAUAACUUUCCCGGUUGAUAUGUAAUAUUUUCCCUAUGGGUAAAAUUUAAGUACAGUCCUUAGGUGUUGUAUUUUAGGUUUUUUAAUUAAAUUCAAACACCUUUGUUGAAUUUAAUUGUCAUUAGACAAGAUAGCACUAAUUGUCGUAUGUUUGAAUUUAACUGGGGGCGUAAAGUAUAACGGUUAAGAAACUAUACCUAUGUUUUUCCCAUUUCCCAUGUGCUUCGUUGAGCACUUAUCAUACUUAGUUCAAUAGAACUAAAACCUAUUAUGAAUUCAGGAGACAAAAAUAAACAAUAGAAAUGUUUGUGUGUAA